AAACAAAUGGUCUCAGGAGUCAGGAAGGAGCAUAUGAAUCAUCUUCCUUUUUCCACACACACACGCUAAAUUGGCCUGGCGUAGUGGCGUGGACCGUGAAUUGGGCUAUCCUGGGCCUAAUCUUUAUUCAGGCCCAACCCACAUGUUAUUUAUAUGAAAUGGCCCCUAGUGUCUCGUGAAAUAUAGCGCAUCAAAUAGCGCAAGGUCCACGCCGUAAAAUUCCCGAGCCUUUUCCCAUCCAACGCAGGGCGACACAAACCCUUCCCCUUCCUCGAGUCCUUCGGAAGCACACGACGCUAGCGCGCUGCACACCGAUCAGGCGCGCCGAAAGCAGCAGGAGCAGCCGCUCAUCUUCCGGCGCCGGCGGACCUCGACGGCCACCGCGCCGGGAGCGGCCAUGUCGAAGAAGAAGGCCGUCACGACGAUGACGCUCAAGGACUUCCACGGCGGCUCCAUCCCCUCCGAGCUCCCGCUCCCCUCCGCCCCAGGAGUCACCCCGCGCCCGGCGGACCGCCCCGUGACAUCCGCGUCCCCCGUCGCGGCUGCAGUCGCACGGCCCCGCGUCCCGGUCCCUUCCCCUACCGCCGCGGCUGCGGCCGCCGCCGCGAUGCCGUCCUUCCUUACCACCCCGUCGCGCAUCGGCCGCCACUUCGACGAGGACGAGCGCACACCCUUCGAGCCCGCCGCGCCACGCCGCCCGGCGCCGUCGCCCACGUCGUUCGCGCCCGCCCCUGUUGUGGUGCCCGCCAGAUCCGGGCCCGGGAACGCCUGGGGCCCGAGGAGGGAGGCCGCUCCGGCCGCGACCCCGGUGGGUCCCGCCCCCGCCUCGCCCGGCGGUCAGAUCUGGUCGGCGACACGCAUCGCCCAGGCGAGCGCGGUGGAGAAGGUGAUCUCCGGGAGGUGGCACCCGUCGAAGCCCUCGUCUCCGCCGGCACCAGUGUCGGCUCCGGUGGUGGAGACCCCCGUGGCCCCGCCGCCGAUGGAGAGGCCAAGGUCUGUUGGCGUGAGAGAACUGGACGUUGGGGUCGAGAGGGGCGCCGCACCAGUGAGACCCGCAUCGCAUGAAGGAAGGGUUGGGGAGGGGAGAGUCGUGGAAGUGCCGGAGAGACCCAAGUUGAAGCUGCUUCCUCGGUCCAAGCCAAUCGAGGCUUCUGAACCAUCUCCUACCUAUGCCGAAGAUAAGCAGGUACACCAAGUCCAGGUUAUUGCGAAUGUCAUGAAGGUUGAGGCUGUUCAUGAUGUGCAUCAGAAUGCGAUGGCAGCUAAAACAGGAGUGUUAGGAGCAGAUGCUGAGACCGAGAGCAGGGUAGCAGAGCGACCACGGCUGAAUCUGAAACCUCGUUCGAAUCUGACAGGACAGUCCGAUGAAAUUGCUGUAAAGGAAAGGCAAUCCCUCUUUGGUGGUGCUCGCCCACGGGAACAAGUUCUCAAAGAACGUGGAGUAGAUGUUUUGGCAACUGAUCAUGAGAAGACUUCACCUGUUGGCAGGUCUAAAAGUGAGUUUGCAAAGGUUGAGCAGAAGGUUGAAGCUAUUUCCAUUAACCCCUCUGUUGAAAGGGCUGAGGGUUUUCCAGCUGGUCAUAGAGGCCCAAGGAAUGGCGAUAGGAAAGAUUACAGGCGGGAUUCAGACAAGACUGAUGCAUAUAGGCCUUCUCGUCGGGAGGACAACAGGAGGGUCGCUAGAGAUGUAGAGAAGCCACCGGAACAACCACGCCUGGAGCCUGAAACCUGGCGUAAGCCGGUGGAGCCACCAAAGCCUGAAGUUACAACACCUCGUUUUGGAAAGGCUGCAACGGCAUUGGAGCUGGCCCAAGCCUUCUCAACGUCCAUGUCUGAUGCCGUGCCACAGAGCCGAUUGACCAGUGUUCCUAGUCCAAGGGUUCCUCCGAGCCCAGGGGCUAGGGAUCAGUCUGGGUUUUCAAGGCUCACUGACAACAGAGCGUUACAUUCUGGCCCUUCCCAGCGAAAGAUAAACGGCUACUGAUACCUUGGCACACAUACUACAUGUGCCAUGAUGACACAGCUCAAGAAGUUCAUGGCCCUCAAUGAAGCGCCCUGCUGUACCUCCAUGUUCAACUGUUCCUGCGUGGAGAAGCCUGGUUGUAGCUCUGUCAGAUGGUGGCAUGCGAGGGGCCAAUCUCAAUUAGCAAACAAAAGGCUCCGCUCAUAAGUUUCUGGUCGAUGGUUUAUAACUCGGGGUCCUCUGCUCUGUUCUUCAGCCAUGCUACCCGUGAUUAAUUGCUGGGGAAUAAUUGCUAUGCUGCUCCGCUAGUUGGUGCGCCGUACUAUGUAUUUCUGGUGUGCUUGGUUUUACGAUGUUGCCAGAUUGGUGGUAUUGGUGGUGGUACGCAGCAUUUGUAUUGAAAUGUGCUGUUCUGACGGCACAAAAUUGUGGUUUCAUUGUGUUGGUUUUUGGCACAUGGAACUAUAGUUCGAUUAUGUUAUGAUCACAGGAUAUAUAGUUCUCAAUCUUUAUUGUCUGCUUUUUUUAA